AUGAUAUCCAGCUGUACAGACUGCAUAAGCUUUAAUCUGGACAAGCACGACGAUGAUGCUCUCUUGCGACAUAUCCUAGUCGUUGUUUCUUGCAUGGAAGAUUGUCUUCAUGCUGAUCCGCCCUUGAUGAAAAUGCUUCAAAACUGCCUUGUCAAAAUGACAUCGAUCAUCGAAAAAACAAGAGAAUCAGCUUCAAGGAAUCUUCUUGCGAUCGCGACCGGCGACCUUUUCAAAUACAGCGCUGCGCUGUUGCGAAUACAAGAAGAUACUGAUUUUGAGCCGUUGUGCUCAUCUACAAUAACUAUUUGUUGUCUUUCUAAAUUUGCCAUCUCAAAAAAACGCUCGAAAACGAUCUUGAUGGAAUCUCAAGUCAUCCCAGUCAUCACCUACUCAAACGUAGCAAAGAGUAUGAGUUGUGGAAUGGUCGUGCUCCUAUAUCAUCCAGCUCUCUUAUGCCUCAAACACCAGAUCCAAUUUGAACGCACAAAAAACUUCACUGUAACAAUAGAGUAUGGCGUCUGA